GAAUAUUUUUAUUGGAAACAGUGACUCUGAAAGGAAAUUAAUCUCAGGACCAAUGGAGUUAGAAGCCAUAGAACUCUGUCCUUAUGACCCAAACCACAGGAUACCAGCCAGCAGGUUACAAUACCAUCUGGCAUCAUGCAAAAAGAAAAAUCCGAAGAUAGCUAAAAAGAUGGCUAACUGCAAAUAUAACGCUUGUCAUGUGGUCCCAAUCAAAAGGCUCAAGGAACAUGAGGCCAACUGUGUCAACAGAAGUGCAGUUGAUGACGAGCCCCUUAAUCUUCCAAAGGUCACUCCCCCAAGUUUUGAAGGAAAUGAAAACUCCAAUGCUGGCGAUCAGAUCACUGACCCUGACGUCUGGAAUGUGGAUCAUAUGCAUCAUUCUCCUUCAUUUGUUCUUGAGACGUUUGCUCCGAAAAAGCUGGUUUGUGAAAGUGACUCAAGAGACCUACAACAGGCUGAUAAGUAUCCUAGCAGCUACAAGUCCUGGGCAAGAGGUCAGAAAAACUGAUGGAGACAUUGCAAAUUAAAGCGCCAGCAAACAAAUAGAAGUUGUUUUUAAAUGUUAGGAAAAAUCUCAACUUUUAAAUAAACUCUUAUGUUUGUCAUCUUAACAUGUUUUUAU